CAGAAAUUAAGUGUUAAACAGUGUGGUUUUUUUCUUUUUGUUUUAAUUUUUAAACAUUUAAAAGUUUGUGACGUGCCCUCAGUUAAGUAAGUCAAUGGAGUGGAAGGCUGGAUUUAGACGGAGAGGGGGAUCUGGGAAAGCCCUUGAAGGAGAAUGGCCUUGACUGUCGUCGCUGCAACCUGGACGGUGUUUCGUAAGCAAGAGAUUUGGGGCUGGAAAUCUAAAGCAGCCUCGACAGCACCUGUAACCAACCCGAAGACGACACUGGAUAAGCAACGCUCAACCACGGCGCCUCUGCCCUGAAAUAUGAACACGGGGCUGCAGUGCACCUCUCAUUUCCGCCCGGGAGAAGAAUUCAAAAAUAGUUUCUGCACCGAAAGCCCAGAAAUAACCCGCCCGCCCAGAUUGUGUCAAGGUAGUUUACUGUGACAUCUUGGAGCUCCUACUUGCCAUUGUGACCGUGGUGCAAAUCCUUCAAGAUGCCAGCAGCACUUGCAGAAAACAGCCAGGUGAUCUGUGAAGUGUGGGCAAAUAAUCUAGAAGAGGAGAUGAGGAAAAUUCGGGAGAUUGUUCUUAGCUACAGCUACAUCGCAAUGGACACAGAGUUUCCAGGGGUGGUUGUUCGACCAAUCGGUGAAUUUCGCAGCUCAAUAGACUAUCAGUAUCAACUGCUCAGGUGCAAUGUUGACCUCCUGAAAAUUAUCCAGCUGGGCCUGACCUUCACAAAUGAGAAAGGAGAAUAUCCUGCUGGAAUCAACACCUGGCAGUUUAACUUCAAGUUUAACCUUACGGAAGAUAUGUAUUCUCAGGAUUCAAUAGACCUUCUUGCAAGUUCUGGAUUGCAGUUCCAGAAGCAUGAGGAGGAAGGGAUUGAUACUUUGCAUUUUGCAGAACUGCUUAUGACCUCGGGUGUGGUGCUCUGUGACAAUGUCAAGUGGCUUUCAUUUCACAGUGGCUAUGACUUCGGCUAUAUGGUGAAACUGCUGACAGAUUCAAGGCUUCCAGAAGAGGAGCACGAGUUCUUUCAUAUCUUGAACCUUUUCUUCCCAUCCAUAUAUGAUGUGAAAUACCUAAUGAAGAGCUGCAAAAACCUGAAGGGAGGUCUUCAGGAAGUUGCUGACCAGCUAGAUUUGCAACGGAUUGGACGACAGCAUCAAGCAGGGUCAGACUCACUACUCACAGGGAUGGCAUUCUUCAGAAUGAAAGAGUUGUUCUUUGAGGAUACAAUUGAUGAUGCAAAGUACUGUGGGAGAUUAUAUGGCCUUGGUACAGGAGUAGCUCAGAAGCAGAGCGAAGAUGUUGAAACAGCCCAAGAGAAAAUGAGCAUUCUGGCUAUAAUCAACAAUAUGCAGCAGUGACAACUUGGUAUCGUUCAACAUGAUGUAGGUCCAUGGAGGUUAAACUGCCUCCUUGAAACUGUUUCACAUCACUCAAAACAUGGCAGAAGAACUAGAGUUUUUGCAGAGGGCAAAGGACAUCCUUACUCUUGAAUCUCAGAAGAUUCUAAUCAAGUGAUUUCAUAAUAACUGAUAGAGUUGUUUUGCCCCUAUGUAAAAACCAGAGAAACGUCAGUGUAUAUACCUCUUUUUCUUUUAAACCUUACUGAAUUUGCAAGGAGUAGGUCAUUUCAGAACUUUCAGCAGAGCUGAAGUUCUCUCAUGCACUUGCAAAUUUAGCUUUUGAAAGCUUAUUUUAAAACCUUCUUUUGCUCUCUGUGAGGGUCAUGUGUUCCUAAGCCCUCUGCUAGUUUUUAGCUUUUGUGUAAGUUGAUCUGUGAAAGUGAUCCAUUCAGCCCUGGUGGUGGAGACAAUGCAUGAAGCCUUUAGAUCUGUCAAAGUAGCAGUCAUAAUGGUUGUCUUGGUUAGCAUUAGAACUAGCACCUCCUUUCCUUUAGAUCGCUGGGCCAUAAAGUAUAUCAGUAAGCUUUAUCUUAACUACUGUAGAAUGGAAUAGAACUGCAUGCAUGCUUGAGACUGUAAUAAGUCUGGACCAAAAAUGAUUUCAGUUCCUUGAUUUCACUUCAGGAGAAACACUUUCUGCCCUUCUACUAACUGGAUGUUCAGUAAGUAAAGUCACCAGUGUAUCUAAAGUUUUACCACCAGUGAAGGCAAGUAAAGCUUUUAGAUUUCCCUUUUAUACUGUUUUGAAGAACAGCCUUCAUGAACAUGGUUAGACUAAAGUGCAUUUAAUAUUUGUGCAAGUCUCCUACAAUCCUGAAAAUCAAAACCUUUUCAAGGGAAAGGAGAAAUCAUCUAUCUGGUAUUUUAACAAGCUUAAAUUCUCCAUUAUGCAAAGUAUUGCAAGCUGUUGUUGCAGAUGCUUGUGUAUAUAUAUUAUUGGUUCUUAAUUUUGUACAAUAAAGAUUUUUCUUAAAGCAUGA